AUGGCGAGUGCCAUGACUGCGACGAAGCGGUUUCGUUUGCGCCGCAAGUCUCCGCCACCUUAUGGGCCCUUGGUGCAGUGGUCCCCGAUCAAGAAGCACUUCGGUGCAGUGGUGUGCAAUCUGCGCGUGGAGGACCUCCGCUGUCCCAUUCGGCGCAAUGCACUCGUGCGGCUCCUGGCAGCACGCGGCGGUCUCCUGGCACUCCGGGGCCUUCGUGGGCUUCAGGCGCAGGAGCUCGUGGAUUUUACCGGCGCCUUCGGAGCCUGCGAGCAGCAGUUGGCCGCGCAGCGGAGCCGCGCCCUGGUUCCUGGCACCCACAACGGGGCCGUGAUGAGGAUCGGCAACAGUCGCGACCCCAAUACGGGCGAGCUCAAUGCCUCAUUCACCGUCAGCGCGCAGCUCCCGAGGAGCACGGGUGAUGACAGCCUGCAGGCCUGCCAGUUUGACCCUAGCUUACGGAAGCCCAUUUGGCACACAGAUGGCACGUACCGGCCACGACCGCCCACUGGAUCCAUGCUGUACAGCAUCGAGGUGCCUCCUAGCGGCGGAGACACUUGCUUUGCGGACGCUGCAGCCGCCUUCGAAAGGCUACCGCUGGAAGCCAGAAGCAGGUUGGAGAGCCUGGAGGCCGUUUGCAGCCAGGCGCACCACGAUGCCCUCCACAAUGCGAGGAAGCCCGGUACCUAUGCCAUUAUGGAAGAGGAGCAGCGGCGGCAGACCCCACUGAUGGCCGUGCCGCUGGUGAUGACACACCCGGUCACCGGGCGGAAGUCUCUAUAUGGAGCCAACAGCAGCGUGUUCCAUGUGCAGCGACGCGGUGCUGGCGGACCUUCUGCAGCUCUGCUGGAGAGGGCAGAGGGCGCAGAGGCAUACGAAGACCCUUCUGUUGAGGAGCUCCGGAAGUGGUUGCCCCAUGCCACAGGACCCGAGUUUGUGGUGAGAUGGCGCUGGCAACCCGGAGACCUCGUGAUCUGGGACAACCGCAGCACGAUGCACUGUGCAACAGGCUUUGAUCAUGAGUGUUACACCCGCCAGCUGUGGCGAACGACCUUUCACGACAUGUCUUGGGACCCGCCAGUGAAGCGGCUUGCUCGCGACCCUGCAAGCUGA